GAAGUUCCAACUUAUUAAGUGCUUGCCAAACGCCCUCUUACUGCACACGCGAAGAACUUUCCAAAUUUUGUUUGCCAAAGAAGUAACGACUUUUCGUACAUUUUCAAAGUUUUACUAGAAGGGGAAGAAUUUGAGUCGUCCCGAUCUAACACGUUACGCGGCGGCAUUACCAAGUACCAACCGAGUCGACUCCUACUUGUCUUCUCCUCCCCUCAUGAAUUCUGUUGAAUUCUGUCCCGACAUUGAAACUUGUGAAACGAAAUCGAACCAGUGAGUGAGAGACAAGAAAAAAAAGGAAGAAAUUUCUUUGUCUCUCUCUCACUAAAAAGAAACUUUGCCUGUAGUAUUUGGGUGCUAGCUACAAAUUAGGGAAGUGUUUGUUUUUUCAUUUCUAAAAUUAUUAUCACCGCGGAAAAAUUUGCAAGAAAAAUCGACGGAGGAAUUUGUAUCUUGCGAUUGAUCGAUCGAUCUAGUUUUAUUUGGUGUGUUUCUAUAACAAGAAGUACUUAAUAAGUAAGUAAAAGAAAAGAUGAGUGGAUGGGAUAGAGUAGGUAUAUCUAGGUCAAAAUUCGGUGGUGGUGAAGGAAGAAGUUUUUACUCAAGAGCUAAUAUGGAUUCCAAUGAUCGGAAAAAUUCUACCAACUCUGAAUCUUCUCGUACUGUUCGUCUUGGUAGAGUUCAACCUCAAGCUCCUGGAAAUCGUACCAUCUUUUGUAAUGAUCGUGAUGCUAAUCUUCCUGUCAAAUUUAAGGGAAACUCCAUUUCAACUACAAAGUACAACAUCUUUACCUUUCUGCCCAAAGGAUUGUUUGAGCAGUUCAGGCGGGUAGCUAAUUUAUACUUUCUUAUGAUUUCAAUCUUAUCCACAACACCAAUCAGUCCUGUGCAUCCAAUAACCAAUGUGGUCCCACUUAGUCUUGUGCUUUUCGUCUCCCUCGUCAAGGAGGCUUGGGAAGAUUGGAAACGCUUACUCAAUGAUAGGGUGAUAAACAAUACGCCUAUAGAUGUUUUGAUGGACCAAAGGUGGGAAAGUAUUCCGUGGAGGAAGCUGCAGGUCGGGGAUAUUGUCAAAGUUAAGCAGGAUGGAUAUUUCCCCGCAGAUUUGCUUUUUCUUGCUAGUUCAAAUGCAGAUGGUGUUUGCUACAUUGAGACGGCAAAUCUUGAUGGCGAAACAAAUUUAAAGAUUAGAAAAGCAUUGGAAAGAACUUGGGAUUACUUGACCCCUGAUAAAGCCUGUGAAUUUAAAGGGGAAGUACAAUGCGAACAGCCUAAUAACUCUUUAUACACUUUCACUGGAAAUCUUUUGUUCCAAAAGCAGACGCUGCCUCUUUCUCCCAAUCAAAUCUUAUUGCGAGGAUGCAGUCUCAGGAACACAGAAUACAUGGUUGGGGUCGUUAUAUUUACCGGGCACGAAACAAAGGUUAUGAUGAAUACAAUGAAUGUCCCUUCAAAAAGAAGUACUCUGGAGAGGAAACUUGAUAAGCUUAUUCUCGCUCUUUUUCUCUUUCUCUUUCUUAUGUGUGUUAUCGGAGGAAUUGGCAGCGGUGUUUUCAUUAACCGGAAGUACUACUACUUGGGUCUUACUAAAAAUGUAGAGAAACAGUUCAACCCUGAUAACAGAUUCGUGGUUGCUAUCCUUGCUAUGUUUACCUUAAUAACACUGUACUCAACAAUUAUCCCUAUUUCUCUUUAUGUUUCCAUUGAGAUGAUCAAAUUCAUCCAAUCUACUCAAUUUAUCAACAAGGAUUUGAACAUGUAUCAUAAGGAAACAAACACCCCAGCUCUUGCUAGGACAUCAAAUCUGAAUGAGGAGCUUGGACAGGUGGCGUACAUUUUUACAGAUAAAACAGGAACAUUAACGAGGAAUCUGAUGGAGUUCUUUAAGUGCUCAAUUGGUGGAGAGGUAUAUGGAACUGGUAUUACCGAAAUAGAAAAAGGAGGAGCUCAGCGGAGCGGGAUAAACAUAGAGGAGGCGCCAAAAUCGUCUACUGCUGUGCACGAAAAAGGGUUCAAUUUUGAUGAUGCUAGGCUAAUGCAAGGUGCCUGGAGGAAUGAACCUAAUGCUGAUGCUUGCAAGGAGUUUUUCCGAUGCCUUGCUAUCUGUCAUACUGUGCUUCCUGAAGGUGACGAAUCACCUGAGAAGAUCGGGUAUCAAGCUGCAUCUCCAGAUGAGUCUGCUUUAGUUGUUGCAGCAAAGAACUUUGGAUUCUUUUUUUACAGGCGUACACCAACUAUGAUAAAGGUUCGUGAGUCCCAUGUGGAGAAAAUGGGCAAAAUCCAAGAUGCAUCUUAUGAAAUUCUGAAUGUUUUGGAGUUCAAUAGUACAAGGAAGCGCCAAUCUGUGAUAUGUCGUUACCAAGAUGGCAGGCUUGUAUUGUACUGCAAGGGAGCUGAUACUGUGGUUUACGAAAGAUUGACGGGUGGAAAUAACAACUUAAAGAACAAAACCAGGGAACACUUGGAAAAUUUUGGAUCUGCUGGUCUACGUACCCUUUGUCUGGCCUAUAAGGAUCUAAGUGCGGAGGUGUAUGAGAGCUGGAAUGAGAAAUUCAUUCAAGCGAAGUCUUCUUUGCGGGACCGUGAGAAAAAGUUGGAUGAGGUUGCUGAACUUAUAGAAAAAGAUCUCAUUUUAAUUGGAGCCACUGCUAUUGAAGAUAAGCUACAAGAAGGAGUUCCCUCAUGUAUAGAAACUCUUCAAAGAGCUGGAAUGAAGAUCUGGAUGCUAACUGGGGAUAAGUUGGAAACAGCAAUUAAUAUAGCUUAUGCCUGUAACUUGAUCAAUAAUAAUAUGAAACAGUUCAUCAUCAGUUCAGAAACAGAUGCAAUUAGGAGUGUUGAAGAUAAGGGUGAUUUAGUGGAAACUGAGCGCUUUAUCAGAGAUUUGGUGAAACAAGAGUUGAAGAGAUGCCUCGGGGAGGCACAACAUUAUCUGAAUGCUGUAUCUGGGACCAAAUUGGCACUUGUAAUUGAUGGGAAGUGUUUGAUGUAUGCAUUGGACCCAGCUUUGCGAGUAACACUGCUUAACCUGAGCUUGAAUUGCAGUUCGGUAGUCUGCUGCCGAGUUUCCCCACUACAAAAAGCUCAGGUAACCAGUCUUGUGAAAAAAGGUGCAAAGAAGAUAACCCUAAGUAUCGGGGAUGGUGCCAAUGAUGUGAGCAUGAUUCAAGCUGCUCAUGUUGGCGUUGGUAUAAGUGGAUUAGAAGGAAGGCAAGCAGUCAUGGCUAGUGAUUUUGCAAUUGCUCAGUUCAGAUUUCUUACUGAUUUACUCCUCGUACAUGGACGAUGGUCGUAUCUUAGGAUUUCCAAGGUUGUGACAUACUUCUUCUACAAGAAUCUCACUUUUACUUUGACCCAGUUUUGGUUCACUUUCCAAACUGGGUUUUCUGGUCAGAGGUUCUAUGAUGAUUGGUUCCAGUCAUUAUAUAAUGUUAUUUUCACAGCUUUGCCGGUAAUCAUGGUUGGACUGUUCGACAAGGAUGUUAGUGCAUCUCUAUCUAAAAAAUACCCGGAGUUAUACAAGGAGGGAAUUAGAAAUAACUUCUUCAAGUGGGAAGUUGUUGGCAUCUGGGCUUUCUUCGCUUUCUUCCAGUCAUUGAUCUUCUAUUACUUUGUGACUGUUUCCAGUCAGAGUACUUACAGUUCAUCCGGCAAGCUUUUUGGACUAUGGGAUAUUAGUACGAUGACCUUUACUUGUGUUGUAGUAGCUGUCAAUCUUCGUCUCUAUUUGGCUUGUAGUUCAAUCACAAGGUGGCACCACAUCAGUAUUUGGGGAAGCAUUUUAGGUUGGUUCGCGUUUAUCUUUAUAUAUUCUGGGAUCAUGACGCCGUUUGAUAGACAAGAGAAUGUAUACUAUGUCAUCUACGUCUUAAUGAGUACCAUUUACUUUUAUCUCACGCUUCUUCUGGUCCCCAUUUUGGCUCUUCUUGGCGACUUCAUUUACCAAGGAUUUCAAAGAUGGUUUUUCCCGUACAACUACCAGAUUAUUCAGGAAAUCCACAGACAUGAGCCUGAUGACAACAGCAAAGCGAGGUUGAUGGAGAUUGGUAACCAUUUGACACCAGACCAAGAGAGAAGCUACGCAAUCUCUCAGUUGCCACGAGAAAAUUCAAAGCAUACUGGUUUUGCUUUUGAUUCACCAGGUUAUGAGUCAUUCUUUGCUUCCCAACAGGGUGUUUAUGCCCCACAGAAAGCAUGGGAUGUGGCACGAAGAGCUAGUAUGAGAUCACAACCGAAAGCGCCUAGGAAGAAUUAGUUUCAUUGUACAUUUUUGACAUUAGUAAAAUUGGGGGGGAAGUAUGUAUAUUUAUAUGUGAAGAAAAAAUACAAAUUAAUAGUACCCACUACCCAUACUGUUUUUGUACGCAUAGCUCAUUGUAGGUGGUUAGGGUUAGUCAAUUGGGGAAAUUCUUUAGAUCUAUUUUCAAUCUUGUGGUAAUUGCCUACUGUAAUGAAUCUUGAUUACAUAUGAGAAUUCCUUAAAUUUUCAUUUUAGUUGCUUUCAA